UUCGUGAAAUUUGGAGGUAGAAGAGGCCUCUUCAUAUUAGGAGCGAUUAACGUGGCUUUGCCUUCUUCAGAAUAGCGGCCUCCAACUGCGAGGCUGACUGAAAUUGUUAAAUGCGAGCACAUGGAGGUCAUCUCCCACAACCCGACUAAAGCCUGAAUGACCAGAUUCAGGGACCAAUAUUGUUCAACCACGGUUGCCCAGGGAUGUGUGUGAUUGGCAGGAGAGGCGGGGCCACCUCCGCCCCGUCGCGUCGGGGCCACUCCCGCCCCGUCGCGUUGGGACCUCGCCCCCAAGCCGUGGAGUAGCAUUCCUCAGGCCAGAGGUCUCAGCGCGGAAGGCCUGUGGAUUCUGCAUCUAGGCGGCCGGCAGAGGCAGUCAUGGAGGGCGGUGCCUCCCUCGAGCCCGAGACCACCGAAGUGCUGCCCCAGCACAAGUUCGACACCGGGUCCCUGGAGGCCUAUCUAAACCAGCACUUGCCUGGCUUUGGGGCCGAGCCAGAGGCCCACCUGACCGUUGCUCAAUACAGAUCAGGACAGUCCAAUCCAACCUUUUAUCUCCAGAAGGGCUAUCAAGCAUAUGUACUCAGAAAAAAACCAUCUGGAUCACUUCUUCCUAAAGCACAUAAGAUUGAUAGAGAAUUUGAAGUCCAGAAAGCUUUGUUUUCAAUUGGAUUCCCCGUUCCCAAGCCUUUACUGUACUGCAGUGAUGCUUCUAUCAUUGGAACAGAAUUUUACAUGAUGGAACAUGUGCAGGGUCGAAUCUUUCGUGAUUUUACAAUUCCUGGAGUUAGCCCAGCAGAACGCUCAGCCAUAUAUGUGGCCAUGAUAGAAACCUUGGCUCGGUUACAUUCCUUGAAUGUACAGUCGUUGCAGCUGGAAGGAUAUGGUAGAGGUGCUGGGUACUGCAAAAGACAGGUAUCAACCUGGAUAGAGCAAUAUAAAGCUGUAGCUCAUCAGGACAUCCUUGCCAUGAACCAGCUAUUUCACUGGCUAAUGAAAAACUUGCCAGAUAAUGACAAUGAAGAAAAUUUGAUUCAUGGAGACUACAAACCAGAUAACAUAGUUUUCCACCCUACAGAGUCUCGAGUUAUAGCUGUACUGGAUUGGGAGCUUUCAACCAUUGGUCAUCCUUUGUCAGACUUAGCUCAUCUCUCCGUGUUCUACUUUUGGCCAAGGACAGUUCCAAUGCUAAAUCAAAGUUCUUAUUUUCAAGAAAACAUAGGGAUACCAUCAAUGGAAGAAAUGAUUUCAAUAUAUUGCCGCUGCAGAGGAAUUAAUUCUAUUCUUCCUAACUGGAAUUUCUUUAUUGCCCUGGCAUAUUUUAAAAUGGCUAGCAUAGCACAGGGAGUAUAUCGUAGAUAUCUUCAGGGAAAUAAUGCAUCUGAGAAUAGCUUUAUGUUUGCCAAGAUUGUGCAACCUCUGGCAGAAACUGGAUUACAACUCUCAAAACGGACUUUUGGUACUACGCCACCACAGAUUGAUACUUCCCAGCAGUUUUUUGUACAGAGUAAGACAGGCCAGGAAGUUCUUAUUAGGAUGAAGCAUUUCAUGAAACAACACAUCCUUCCAGCUGAAAAAGAGGUAAUUGAGUUCUAUGUUCAAAAUGAAAAUUCAGUGGACAGAUGGAAAAAACCUUUAGUGAUUGAUAAACUCAAGGAAAUGGCGAAAGCAGAAGGCCUCUGGAACUUGUUUUUGCCAGCUGUAAGCGGUCUCAGCCAGGUGGACUAUGCCUUGAUUGCUGAAGAAACAGGAAAAUGCUUUUUUGCUCCAGAUGUCUUUAACUGCCAAGCACCAGACACAGGGAACAUGGAGGUGCUCCACCUAUAUGGAAGUGAAAAGCAGAAGCAGCAGUGGCUUGAGCCUCUUCUUCAAGGAAACAUUACGUCCUGCUUCUGUAUGACAGAGCCCGAUGUAGCUUCAAGUGAUGCCACAAAUAUUGAAUGUAGCAUCCAACAAGACGGAGAUAGCUGUGUAAUUAAUGGCAAGAAAUGGUGGAGCAGUGGAGCUGGGAAUCCAAAGUGCACAAUUGCAAUUGUUUUGGGAAGAACUAAAAAUACCUCUGCAGCCAGAUACAAACAACACACCAUGGUUCUUGUUCCUAUCAACACACCUGGAGUAGAAAUAAUAAGGCCUUUGUCAGUUUUUGGCUAUAUGGAUUAUUUACAUGGAGGACAUUUUGAGAUCCAUUUUAAUCAAGUACGAGUUCCUGCCACCAAUAUAAUAUUAGGUGUAGGCAGGGGAUUUGAAAUCGCCCAAGGCCGCCUUGGACCUGGUAGAAUCCACCACUGUAUGAGAAUAGUAGGUCUGGCAGAACGUGCUUUGCAGAUCAUGUGUGAACGGGCAACAAAAAGGGUGGCCUUUAACAAGAAACUGUUUUCACAUGAGGUUGUGGCUCACUGGAUUGCUAAAAGCCGCAUUGCCAUUGAGAAGAUACGUUUGUUGACCCUGAAAGCCGCCCACAGCAUUGACACUGUCGGCAGCGCUGGUGCUAAGAAGGAGAUUGCAAUGAUUAAAGUGGCUGCCCCUCGGGCCGUCUGCAAAAUUAUUGACCGGGCGAUCCAAGUGUGUGGAGGCGCAGGUGUUUCCCAGGACUACCCUCUGGCUACCAUGUAUGCCCUAACACGAGCUCUGCGCAUAGCAGAUGGGCCCGAUGAAGUCCACCUCUCCUCGAUCGCGGCACUGGAGCUGCGGGACCAGGCCAGAGACAUGAGGUCCAAGGUGUAGGAGGCAGCGGCAUCUCACCUCCAGACAGACUUCUCGAGCACCAGCAUUUGCACCUCAUUCUGUUUUUGCACCAGUUUGAGCACAGGAUUAACUGCUCGUUUUCAGUAAAGAUUUGAGCAUCUGUUUUGAUCAGUGGGUCUUAUCAUUUUAAGGGUCACAUGGGUUUAAGUUAAAUAAGAAAUUGUAUAGCUGCCAUCAUUCAGUCUAUCACCUAAGCAUUCAGCAUUUAUUUUUAAAACAUUCAGCUUGUAAAGAGAUAAUGAAGUAAACUGCAUAGGCAUAAAGAUAUUUUCACCUUUGGAUUCUCAGAAAUUAUUCCAUUUAGAUAAAUAUCCAAGGAGUCACUGUUCUGUAAAAAACAUAUUGGUGUCCUUUUUAACACUGGGUUUAGGGAUUGGGUUAACACUUUUAGUAUUACAGUGUUUGCACUGGAGAGAGCUGCAGGAGUCAUUUAAUGCAGAUAAGCCUCUUCAUAAUUCAACAGAAAACAUUUAUACAUAAAAUCUGAAUGCAGUUUAAACCUUACUAGAAAACAUGGCAUAUUAUAAGAAAAUGUAAUUAACAAAAUUUUUAAUUCUGUUGAUGAGAACAGUGGAUAGGUGAAGCUACAAGAAAGUAAGUUAGUUUCGAGAGAUUAAAAACCGUCUGCUCUGAAUGCCAUUCUGUUAAUAUCAAAUCCUAAGCAAACAUUCUUGCAGCUUUUUAAAUCAGUGUUGCCCAAUAUAGCGGCCCUGGCCACAUGGACCUCUUGAGCACUUGAAUUAUGCUGAGUGCCACUGAGGAACUUUAGGUUUUUUAAAGUUUAAUUAACUAUUGAUUCUUAGUUACUGGAAAACUUUUAAGUAUGCCUAUAAUAACUUGGGUAUGUGAAUUUACUUUUUCAAAUGUAAAUUUUAUGAAAUCUAAACACGGAGGAAGUAUUUUAGUUGAAAAUUUAGAAUCCAAAGUAGGAAACAGAGUCACUGUAAAAUACCAAAUUUUAAAGACUUACUAUGAAAAAAAAAAA